CCAAACCAAACACAGUAGGAAANNNAAAAAAUCAGAGGAAGCCACUAAUCAAUGGAGCUAUGGGGGGCGUUGACUAGCUCGAUCGGCCACUACACGGGACUGUCUCCGGCGGCCUUCUUCACCAUACUGGCGCUGAUGUUCGUCACCUACAAGGUGGUCUGCGGCAUGUUCGUCGCCGCCGAUGACUACGCCGCCGUCAAGAGGGCCAACGAGUUCGUGGCCCGCGAGCCGGUUCAGAUGGGCGACGUCGCCGAGGAAGACCUGAGGGCUUACGAUGGGUCCGACCCGGAAAAGCCGCUGCUCAUGGCUAUCAAGGGACAGAUCUACGACGUCUCUCGCUCUAGGAUGUUCUAUGGGCCUGGUGGGCCUUAUGCACUGUUCGCCGGUAGGGAUGCAAGCAGGGCCCUGGCCCUCAUGUCAUUCGACCCAAAAGACCUCACUGGGAACAUUGAAGGCCUGAGUGAAUCGGAAUUGGAGGUUCUCCAAGACUGGGAAUAUAAGUUCAUGGAGAAGUACGUUAAAGUCGGACAAUUAAUUUCUAAAGAUACGCCACAGUCGAAAGAAACCGAGAAUGGUGAUGACAAAUCACAGGAAAAUUAACUGAAGGAAAUGAAGUGCAUUAAGAUACAUAGGUGACUAAAACUAAAAAAGCUUCUUCCUUUGUUGUAGUGAUGUUGUGAAGGAGAAAAAGGGCAAAUUUUUGAAUAAAUUCGAGCGCACAGCUUUUGUAGCCGUGUAUAGGUCCAUGAAUAAAGUCUUGCAUAUGUAUUGUUUAAAUGAGUUUAAUGAAUUUGAGGAUUUUCAGAUUGUAUGAAAGAAUGACUGAAUUAAGCUCUCUGUUCAAAUUGGCAUUUGAAAUUUUGAAUAGCCAAAAAGCU